AUGGGAAAUUGUCAAGCUGUGGAAGCUGCUGUUCUUGUGAUUCAACAUCCAUGUGGGAAGAUAGAUAGGCUGUACUGGCCAGUUACUGUUAGUGAGGUUAUGAAAACAAACCCAGGGCAUUAUGUUUCUUUGAUUAUUCCGUUACCUGUUUUACCGGAAGAGCAGAAUCAAGAACAGAAGACUGUUAAGUUUACUCGUGUUAAGUUGCUUAGGCCUAAUGAGACUCUUAAUCUUGGUCAUGCUUAUAGGCUCAUCACUAAUCAAGAGGUUAUGAAGGUGUUGAAGGCAAAGAAGCAUGCAAAGAGUAAGAAAACACAGGAAGAUGCAGUUCUGUCAGGUUAUGAGACAAAGAAAGGAGAGGAAUCUGACCAAGGAAACACAUAUCAGGGAGGCAGAACAGAGAGACACAAGCAAAGAGGAGGGUCUACAAAUCCUGCUGCUGUACAGAGGUCAAAAUCUUGGCGCCCUUCUUUACAAAGCAUCACAGAGUCACCAAAAGUUUAA